AGUGGAUCGAAAAAUUGCAAAGAGAAGUGCCUGCUCACCAAAGACCAAAGCCGCCAUCACCGAGUUUCGUAAGGUACUAGCUAGUACUGUACAGAGACCACAAUAACACAGCCAAAUCCUUUGCUCGAGGCUCAAAGGAACUGCGUUGUGUGUCUUGUGUAUUGUGUUGGUGGCAGGCAGGAUUUCCUGGUCUCUCUAAGUACUGUUGCUGUUUGUUGGGAGUAUUCUAUACCAAACUUGUUGAGGAAAGGCAGAAUCGAGUCAGCUAGUACCCUCAACAGCAACCAAAUCGACAUCGACACAACCUGGUAUUGCACUUCUAAAGAACUGCGCCCAAGCAACGUUUUUUGAUUUGCCCCUUGGUUGACUUCUCUCUUGGGCCCUUCUCUGUGGCAUAAUUGUGACUACCUCCAAGAAAUCUCAGUGCACUACCAUCCCAUAGAUCAGAUACCCUUGUCACAGUUAGCUGACAGUCAGCUAGCUCACCAUGAAUCAAGCCCAGAACCACGCCUCUAUGGAGAUAAUGGAGGAAAUUGACGUUGACAGCGUCGUGUUGGAACCUCCCAGAGCCGAAAUGUCCAACAGCUCCCUCUUGUCUGGCGGCGGCGAGGGGGUAGAAUCCUUGUUGGCGUCCAUGUCGACCAAGGACGUCAAGGCCUUGGCGCGCCUUCUCAAACCGGCCAUGGACGAAGUCGAAGAAGAAGAAGACAGCGGCAUGAUUCCGUCCAGGAGGGAUCAGAUGGCGGAAUCUCGUCGUUCGCGUCAUUCGGAUGAAGAAUGUGCCUUGAUAGCCGAGGGGGGAAAUGAGGACGAUGCUGCCAAAGACGAAGUCGCCGAGAAGAAAACGACGACAACUUCGUCCUGGAAUGUGUUCGCGUCCACGAGAAUAAUGAAAUGGGUAACAGCCGAGGAGGAGGCUGCAGAAACGCAUGCUCCGUUUGGUGCCAGUGCCUACACGCUUCUCUACAUGUGCGACUUCAAUUCACAAGCUUUCUGGUAUGCCAUGUUCACCUACAUUAUCCAAAUUUCCACAAUUACAUUGACCCUGAUUGAUGUUGUGGAUUGGAGUGGAGAAGGCAAUGGGUUCAACUUGCCGCCAAUGGUGAGCAUCAGUGUCACCCUUGCUCAGUUUGUCACACUCUUCCAGGCUUUGGCGUUUCAGUCCGACCUUCUCGAGGCAGCUUUGAAACUACAAGAUGGAUUCUAUCCAGAAGUCCAGGAAAAAUACCCAGGAGCUACCUAUUCUACAUGGCUGCUCUCUUGCCUUAGCCAGCUCUUGGCGGGUUUCCUCCUGCUCAUCACUAUCUUCAUCUUGACCAUGCAAGUCGACAGCGUCUUGGCCAUCAUGCUCAACUUUGCUGCGCUCCAUUUCAUGGCCGACAUUGACGACCUCGGUUUCUACAUUGCCCAAAUGGGUUUCAUCAGUGUCAAACUGAGUAAAGCAACCAACGCAGUCGCCGACUUUGAGGUGCCGAAACGCGAACACAAAAGAGCUUUUUUCCGCAGAGUUCUCUACGGCUUGACCAUGCUGUUACUCAUGUGUGGGUAUGGUGUGCUCAAGUACAGGCAGUUGUCGGGUGAAUUUUUACAGACGGCUGUCUACGUUCAGUUUGGUGACGAAUACAACCCCAAAAUCCCUUUUUAUUCUGGAGUCCUUUCUGCUGGAAAUGUCAGAACUACUGGUCACAGAAAAUAUUGGGACAUCCAAACUGGAACAAUUCUACUUUCUUACUGCAGCAGCGAGGGAGCUUGGACGUUCAGCGACACUGGAGAAUCGUGUGACUACUUUGCCAAGUCACUCCCAACCAAAACUUAUGACGUGACAACAAUUCCAGAUUCCAGCUGGGAAGUUUUGGAUUCCAUCGAUAGGCUGAAACCCUUUGAGGCAUUCACUCUCAUCGGGAGGGAUUGCGAUCCCAAUAUCUGUCAAGGUGGAUGUGUGGAGGGAUUGUGUAAAUGUAGCCCCCAUCAAUUUGGCCUGGACUGUGAAUUUGAUAGUGUUUGUCCAAAGUUGGUCAUCAACACAAACCAUCCACAAUUUCCUCCCAUGGCAGGAAGAGCUAUCAGUGAUGAGUUCGAAAUCUUGCAGAAUCCAACGACGGGAAACUUUGUGAAAGUCUACAGCAUGCCAGUAUACUAUUCCAACAAGACUUAUCCAUCCAACUUCAUUUUCUAUGGAGGCCGCCGUUGGGUGAUUUCAUCUGAGAACACCUUACACAUCCACAACCACACAAUUGAUGUGGAUGUCGAAAAAGCGGAAAACGAAAAUGAAUGGUAUUUCUACGAGGAAACUAUUGCAUUGUUUGAGAGCGGCAGGUUUCAUGGCUUCCACCAGGCCACUUUCAUUCCAUUGUUGUUGAGUGACCCUGUGGACUUUAACACUCCUGAUUUCCGGCCUACACCUGCUGGUCUUGGGUGGUCGACAGUUGCUACUAGAGAUGAAGCUGCAAGGCUGUACGAGCCUGCAAUUGAAGUGGCUGCAUCCUUGCUUUGUGUUAGUUGCCUUGCGGAGCAUGGAGGUUUUUGCCACAGUCAUGGGGGCAAGUGCAAUAUUGACAGUGGCCUUUGUGAAUGCAAUGAAUUGUUGGGCUACUCAGGUCCAGCCUGUGAGAAAGCACCGGCUUGCUAUGAUCAAGCCUUGCCAUGCUAUGGCCACGGAGAAUGCGACAGAGUGUCGGGUUUGUGUCGAUGCAACCCACCUUACUAUGGAACACUCUGUGAUACUUCAUAUUAUUGCCACGAAGCAAAUGGAAAAUGCUACAACGAUGGCGAGUGCAAUUUGGACACUGGAUAUUGUGUCUGCCCAGACGAUCCUGCGAUUGCAGGUUGGGCUUGUGAAGCCAGUAAAGAUCCUCAUGUUUUCGGCUGUUCAAAUGGAGGUACUCUCAAUUCAUCCUCUACAAGGUGUGAUUGCCCCGAGCCGUUUUAUGGUGUGCUUUGCGACCUCGUUGAUGUGACCCAGGAGGAGUUUGUGUGCUCCAAUAAUGAUGACUGCUUUGUUGGGACAUGCGACAACACGACAGGUAUUUGCGAUUGUGGAAAUGCCACCACGUUUGGAACGUUGUGUGAGAUUGACUUCAACUGUACCAGUCACGGCUGCGUGAAUUCUGGAGUGUGUGAACCUGCCUCCGGGCUUUGCGAGUGUGAUCAUCCAUUUGAAGGGCAUGACUGUGGUAGAAUCCCCGAUUGUCUUUCAGAUGAAGACUGCAUUGAAGGUGGUACAUGCCACACUGAAACCGGUAUCUGCCAAUGCUCUGUCAUUUUCAGUCUCGACUUUGGAACUCGCUGUGAGAGGGCUGGCUACUGCGAUGACUCGAAGUGUCGCAAUGGAGGGGUAUGCAAUGUACAAGGCUUUUGUAUUUGUCCUCCACUCUACAGUGGCCCAAACUGCGAGUUCAAACUUUAUGGUGUGGAUGAGAAUGAGAAUGAAUGCGUGGAUUGUUAGGACGAGCUAUGUCUCUGCUUUCUUGGAAAGAGCUUUGCAUACUUUACUUUUUAAAAUGUACAUAUUACCAAUAAGAGUAUUUAGAUCAUUGGACUGAACAAAGCUCCACGAGUACCGGUACCGGUACCUGCACAAGAGAUCUUGCUUGGUUGGACAAGUGCUGGCUGAAGAUCCAAAUUCCUGUUCAUGCCUUCACAGUUCACAGCAGUGCUGCUGGAGUACGAACCCUUUUUCUUGGACAAUAUUCGGAACCGGUACGGUACCUGGUAUCAUGGUACUAGUACCGUACCGGUACCUACCAAGAACCCCCCUGCCGCAUCGGAAGAUCAAAACA